AUGGCGGCGGAGGGGCAGGAGGUCGCCGGCGGCGGUGCGGCGGCACCGAUGUGCGCCAACGGCUGCGGGUUCUUCGGGAGCACGGCGACCAAGAACCUCUGCUCCAAGUGCUACAAGGAGUACCUGAUCAAGACCGCCGACGCCGACGCUGCUCCCGUCGACGACGAGAAGAAGAUCGAGAUCGCCAAGGCUGCUGCUGCUCACGUGUCCGGUCAGCUGGCUGGUGGUCAAGAUCCUGACGUCGCCGCUCCCGUCGACGAGAAGAAGAUCAAGGCCUCCAAGGCUGCUGCUCAUGUGUCCGAGCAGCUGGGUGGUCAUCAAGAUCCUGACGCUACCGCUGCCGUUGCAGUGGCCACGGCCACGCCGGUUAUUGCUCAAGCGCCGACGUCGACAACAGAGAAGGAGAACGCCGGCCCCGUGGAGACGGAGAAGCAGGAAGCAUCCGGCGGCGGCGGUGGCGCCGCCAUCAAGUGCGCGACGAACGGGUGCGGUUUCUUCGGGUCUGCGGCGACUAAGAACAUGUGCUCCGGCUGCUACAAGGACUUCCUCAAAAACGCUCACGCCUCCCCUGCCGACGCUUUUGCCUCCCCUGCCGCGGAGGACAAGGUCGUCCUCGCUGCCGAGCAGCCGGCGGCGGCCCAGAUCUCUGCUGCAACUUCCAGUGCUGCACCAGCGGUGGAGGCACCAGCGGUGAAGGCGGCGGCGCCCAACAGGUGCGCGUCGUGCAACAAGAAGGUUGGGCUGCUGGGGUUCCCCUGCCGCUGCGGCGGCACGUUCUGUUCCCUGCACCGGUACGCGGAGAAGCACGCCUGCGACUUCGACUUCAAGGCGGCGGGCCGGGAGAGGAUCGCCAAGAACAACCCGCUCGUCGUUGCCGCCAAGAUCAACAAGAUCUGA